AGUACCAAGCCGCUCGCCCCACAUGGCCCGCUGCUUCCUUCGCGCUGUUUUGGGCGCGCAACUGGGGUUCUGCCUGGCGGAAACUGGAAAUGGCGCUUGCAUGGUGCAACUGGAUGAGUCCAAGGUGGUGAGAGUGUCGCGCACCGUCACUACGCUGCAGGUGGUGUCGAACCCCAUCUUGGACCGCACCUUGCAAGCGCCAAACGGCACCCGCUUUGUCAACCCCAUCCACGACACCGCCUGGGCCUCGCUGGCAGAGCUGGGAGCGGACUUGGUGCGCUACGUCCCGUGGUACCCUUACCCCAAAAAGAGCGUGGCGGAGCUGGAUGAGCCGAAGGACGGCAAGAACACGUCCUGGGACUUCACUCACAUCACACCCAUGCUGGAGGACUUCAUGGAUGCAACCUAUGGGCAAAACCACUCCACGGUGCUGAAUUUCGCCACGCAGCCCUGCUGGCUUUUUGGCGAUGCGAAGAAUCAGACACAGAACUGCUCCUAUCCGGAAAACCCAGACCAGUCCUUCUUCUCCUACGUGCGAGGCAGCCGAGCUAACCUUUUAGACCCUUCUGCAGGGGAUUUGGCCGCCUAUUACAGCCGGCUCCUGUCGCACAUUGUGAAGGGAGAGUUUACGGAUGAACACGGCGUGACGCACAAAAGCGGCAAAGGCUACAGCAGGUUCAAUCGGGCGCAUGGACACGUCUGGGAGCUGUUCAAUGAGGCGGAGCAUGGCUACACUGUUGACCAGUACAUUCACGACUACGACGUGGUAGUGCCUGCCAUGAUCGCGGCAGUGGGCGGCCCUGAAAAUGCCCCGGCGUUCAUGGGCAUUGGCGGGGCGACAGAUGCCUGGGUGACGCCUUUCCUAAACGGCAGCAAGCACUCGUCCCACGCGCCCAUUGACUACGUCUCCCUGCAUUACUACGCAGGCUGCAGCAACCGCACGGACCCCGGCACCUAUUCUGCGGGCUUCUUCGGCGGCGCCCGGCAGUUUGUGGAGAAGCUGAAGGCGGACAUCGCAGCGCGCGAUGCCUCGGGGUACCCUCAGGCCAAAAUUGACUUGGACGAGCUUGGGGUCAUCAUGCCGGACGACAACAACGCCAGCUUCGGCCUCGACGGGAACCUGCCGGACAUCUAUUGGAACGCCGCCGGCGCCUUCUAUGCGCACCUGUUCGCCACGUUGGCACCCAUGGGUGUCGAGGUGCUGGGCCAAUCUCAGCUGGCCGGCAGUCCCAAGAUACCCGAGUGGGGCAUCCCAUUGCCGCAGUACCCCAGCGUGUCAUUGCUGGACUGGCGCACAGGCUUGGGCAAUGCACGUUAUUGGGUGCUGAGGCUCUUGAUCCAGGACUUCGCUGUGGGGGAUGAGCUGUUGGCGACCAGCGUGGGCUGUGCUCAGAUCACAGCCAUGGCGGCGCGGACGACGGGAGGAGGCUGGAAGCUUCUGCUGGUGAAUCAGGCAAAUUCUGCUCAGACGGUCGCCAUCCAAGGGAUCCAGCAGGAGCUGCAGCUCCGCAUUGUGGACGAGCACUCGGUGCAGGUGGCCAGCAAAGACGGGAUCCGGGAGGCCAAGCUUCCGGGCAACGCGCUGGUGCUGAACGCCUUCGCGGUGGCCGUCGCAUCUUCGGCGACGCAGCUGUGGAUUUGAGGUUCAGGGUUCUGAAGCGAAUAUCAAAUGGUCAAUGAAAGAUGCCCAGCGACUAGCUGGCUCAGCGGCUACCCUUUUGAAGCGUUUGAAGAAGGCCAUGUUUAGAUGUCUACUCAGUUUUGGAACCCUGAAUGGGGGUUUAAAGUGUUUAACAUGAUAUGCGGCGUCAAGCAGAAAGGAA